AUGUCAAAAGCCACUGGUAUAGGCUAUCGUACAAUCAAGGAUACCAUCAACGAGUACAGAAAGACAAGUACAGUGAAAUCUCCCAACAGGAAAAGAGUAAAGACAUCGCUUUUUGAUAAAACCGAUGAUCUUGAUCGCAAUGGACUACGUCAAAAGGUACACGCAAUUUGGUUGAGAGGUGAAUUACCGACAAUAGAUAAAAUACUAUUUGAUGUGAACGAAGAUCCAACACUCCCCAACUUCAAACGUACCACAUUAUACAAUAUUAUAAAAAAAUUAGAUUUCGUGUUCACAAAGAGAAAAAGAUGCAGUGUGUUAACGGAAAGAAACGAUCUAAUUAAUUGGCGCCGCAACUAUUUAUACGAUAUCCGAAAAUAUCGUAGCGAAGGUAAAUCUAUAUAUUACUUAGAUGAGACGUGGUUGAACGUCGGUGAUUGUGUAGAUCGUGUUUGGGUAGAUACAACGAUACAAUCAAAACAGGAUGCAUUUAACAAAGGCCUAACCACCGGCCCGAAAAACCCGACUGGUAAGGGACAACGAUUGAUUGUACUACAUAUUGGUUCAGACAUGGGUUUCCUCGAGGGCGGCCUAUUAUGUUUUGGAUCAAAAAAAAAUAGUGCCAACUAUCAUGACGAAAUGAACGGCGAUACAUUUAAAGACUGGUUUGUAACUAUUCUACCUCGGCUACACCUAAAUUCUAUUGUGGUGAUGGACAAUGCACCGUACCAUUCCGUUCAAACUGAAAAAUAUCCAACUUCCAAUUCAAAAAAAGGUGACAUUUUGGAGUGGCUUAAUUCUAAAGGUAUCACUUUCGAUAGACCAUUGUUGAAGGCUCAACUUCUAACUAAAGUACAAGAGUUAAAACCACGUACAAAAUCCUACGUUAUUGACAAUCUUGCAAAACAUGCUGGACACACCGUACUCCGAUUACCACCGUACCAUUGCGAAUUCAAUCCAAUUGAAUUAGCGUGGGCGAUGGUAAAAGGGUACGUGAAAUAA